ACUGCCGAGGCUGGAUGCAGAUAGAGAGGGGAUUAGCUCAGGGUGGGGGAUAGAGGGAGAACUUUUUUCCCUCUUUUGUGUUUUUUUAAGUGUCGUUUAUUUCAGUGUGAAGAAAAGGAGAGGGGAGGUGUGUGUGUGUUUGUGUGUGUGAAAGAGAGGGAGGACUGGUAAGAUUUUCCAGAGAGGUGGACUGAGACGGAAACUGAACAUUUUAGUUUGAAAGUUGGGUCGGAGUGACCGAGGCUCUACCCGGAGAAUGGAAGCGAGCUGAAGGUCCGCACAUCUGCAGUCGGAGCCUUUCUUUUUCUUUCUUUUUCUUUUUCUUUCUUUCUUUCUUUCUUUUAAGAGAUUUGCAUAAGGAAAGGCAGGGACGGGGAGCAAGACCAUGCAGCCGCUGCUGUCGGGUUAGUGGAGCUUGUGAGUUAGGGGAAGAAAAAAGGAAGAGCCUGAGGAGAGAAAACCGGUUUUCCCUUGAAUCCUACCGCCGCUGCUUUUGUGUUUUUGAAUGGUUGGCUGCCUUUCCUGCCUGACAGGGCCGAGUGUCACAGAAAAGUUUGAGGCUUCAGCAGCUCACGGGCGCGUCGUCACACCUGCUCUGAUGGACUUCAGAUAACGCCCACAGCGGUCCCCGCCUUCCUUAUCCUGACUUUCAGCCUGUCCCAGAGCCUCAAAGUUCAACACGAUGACGGAUCCCACUGGACUGAGCUCUGAGGGGGCAGGGUCAGCCAUGGCAGAUGCCUGUAGUUUGGAGAUAGAGAGGAAGUAUGAUGUCAUCCCUACUGUCAUCUGCUCCAUGUGUUGCCUGUUUGGAAUCAUCUACUGCUUCUUUGGUUACCGGUGUUUCAAAGCUGUCAUGUUCCUGUCUGGCCUGAUGUUUGGCUCGGUCAUCAUUUUCUUGCUGUGCCACAAGGAGCACGUGCUGGACACGCAGCUGAGCGUCGAGGCCAGCGCGGGCAUCGGCCUCGGUAUAGGCCUCCUGUGCGGCCUCGUCACUAUGCUCGUGCGAAGCGUCGGCCUCUUCAUGACGGGCCUGCUGCUCGGCUUCCUCCUGGCUCUCGCCGCCCUGCUGGUCACUCAGCAGUUCUACACACCUACCACACUGUGGGUGCCGCUGGGCGCUCUUCUGGGAUCGGGCAUGCUGUUUGCCGUGCUGACACUGCAGUGGCAGAAGAUGUUCACCAUGCUGUCCACCGCUGUGUUUGGGGCGGCCAUCAUGACAGUGUGUGCCGAUUACUUUGUGGAGAUGCUGGUUUUGGGAAUGUACGUGUAUGAAUGCCUGCGCCUCACACCCGGACAGGCGCUCUGCUGGUACAGCUGGGUCAUUCUGGGCAUCUGGCCUGCUCUCAGCCUCAUAGGAGUGCUGGUCCAGUGGAAACUGACGGACAACAGCUUCUCACACACAGAGGUUGUCAUCAGUCGGAGACAGAAGAGAGUCCAGCUGAUGCGGAUCCGAGAGAAAGACGCCAAGAAGCGACAGCAGGCAGGUGGGCAGGAAGGCACUUACCGCCGUAAACCCACCCCAGUGAAACGUUACGCUGGGGAUCUACUGGCACCGAGCUACCUGCAAAGUCUGCGGGACAGACAGAUGGGCACCGGCACUUCCCUUAGCAGCGUGGGAACCGCCAACCACACCACGAUCGACUUGGACUACGACACUGGCUCCACGGUGCCCCUCACAGCCACAACGCCAGUCGUCAGGGUCUGAGCAGCACAAACAUAAGAAGGGACUACUUAAUGCACUCUGGUUCUCCAACUGUGUCUUCCUAAUGUAGAGUAGAAGUUAAUAACUGCUCUUCUAUCCAUGGGGUGUUUGUCGCCCUUGAACUGAUUUUCUCCUCAGUGGGUCGCAGGUGUUCAGCAAAACACAGCGCUGCUGGAGAAUGUAAGAGGAUGAGGCUAAAACCACUGCAACUUCUGUGUUUCACAGAGAAACACAAGAAAAACCCCAGACACGAACAAAAAUAAAGGUCGACCAUUUCCACUCUUCACUGAGCACAUAACAGCCCAAUGAGCCUCGAAGACAGAUGUGUUUCUGUUCUGAUAGUGAACAUCACAAAGCAAUGCUUGACAUUACAUGUACUGUACUUCAGAAGUUAGUCAUCGCAAUCAAGUGUCGUGUUAUUACCUGUUUUACCCUUUUCCCGUCCGGUCGUAGGAUUUUUUUUUUUUGGGGGGGGGAGGUCUUGUCAUCACAGUAAAUUUUAUUUUGUGUAUUUCUUCAGAUGGAGUAUGAUGAAAAAGUGAAGUAUAGGACCUGGCUGUGUGGAGUAAGACAAAGUGAAGUGAAAACUAAAUGAUGUGAGAGAGGAAAAAACCUUUUGCUGGGACCUUUAGCGGGAUCUUCUAGCAGAACUCUAACAAAUUCUGUGAUCUUUCUGUUUUUGCAAUGUAGCUCCCAUCAGAAUAAAAUGGGCGGUGAUUUAGAGUCCACUUUUUAUAAUUUAAUUUAUAUAAAGUUCAAGUACCUUAGUAGCGCUAAGUAAAAAAAGAAGAAAAAACUAAACAAAAACAAAGCAUGUUUGUUGUUGAUCUGUAGAUUUUUAAAUAAUUAUCCAGAUGUUGUUGGGAUCUUUUUUUGCAGUGACUACACACGUGUUGCCCGAAUCUGUAAAUACCUGUUGAUAGAAGUGUCAAAGAUUAAUAAAUGUGUUUAAUAAUAAGCA